CCUAGGAACUCCAAACAGUUGAUUUCGAAAUGGCAACCGCUAUAGAACUGAGUCCCAGUGAGAUUCGCGGCCUGUGCCAGCGUUAUUUGCGCCAGGAUAUUCCUAAUUCGGAAACGGGAUUCGAUAUUACCAGUUAUCAACUAAGACCGACCUCGGAUGCUCCAGUUGGAUAUUUGGGUAGCCACUUUUACCUUCAGGUCACUUUGCAGCUGCACAACCCCAAGGAAACCAGGCAAUUGACAUUCUUUUCGAAGUCUGCACCUGAAAAUAAUGCUUCGCGGAUGGAAUAUCUGGAGAAUUUCGGAGUGUUCCAGAAAGAAAUCACUGUGUACCAGAACGUACUUCCAGAUCUUCACAAAGCCUGUGCCGAAGUGGCACCAAAGUGCUAUUAUGCAGAUAAGAAUUUGCUGGUCUUCGAGAACCUCGCAGAUCAGGGUUAUCGAAUGGGUGCCGGGCGCAAUGGUUUGCUAUCUUACGAACAGCUCCAUUGUUGCCUAAAGACCUUGGCCGCCCUGCAUGCUGGUUCUAUCAUACAGGAACAAAAAACGGGCAAAAAACUACCCGAAUCGCAACCAAAAUCGGUGGUGGAGAAUGCCUAUCCCAGUGAUCUGCCACCAGAACAUUUGCGCAUGGUGAACUUCCUAAAUGCUUGCGAAGUGCUUAAGGAGUUUAUCAAACUGAUACCCAAAUACCAGACAAAGUUGGACUAUAUUUUGGAGAAUUUCACCAAGAAGAUGUCUUAUAUUUUCGAGGCUGUCAAGACCUCAGAAGUGUAUACGAAUACCUUACUUCAUGGCGAUUUGUGGUCCAAUAAUAUUAUGUUCCAGUACGGCAAAUAUGGAGAAAUUCCUCAGCAAUGUCGCCUAGUGGACUUCCAAUUGGCGAGAUAUGCCCCACCUGCCCUCGAUGUGUUGACCGUGCUGACUAUACCCACCUCGAAGGCAUUCAGGGAUGCUCAUUUGAGCGAACUUCUAGCGGAAUAUUACCGCUUUAUGACCGAGUUCUUGAAACGAGCCAAUUUGGAUAUAGCUCGUCUUAUACCAGAACAAAGUUUUUACAAAUCCGUGGAGGAGUUCCGAAGCAUUGGCCUAAUUGAAAGCUGUUUGUUCUGCCACUUGGUUGUGCUUCCAGCUAGUUCCACCCAGAAAUUGACAGGUUCUUCGGAUGGCUUCAGCGACUUCUUCGGUAGCAAGCGCAUUGAGAUUUGUCUGGAGGCCUUCAACACAGAUGAGAUGUACAGAAAUCGGUUGGUGGACAUGAUCCAAGACUUUGUGGAUAAUUUCGUAUUAAAGGAGAAAAAGGAAUAGUGUAUAUCAACCUUAAAUAUUGUUAAAAUAAUAUUGUAAUUUUUUCUUAUUCAACAUAAUAAUUUUUAAAGAA